AUGAUCCAUGUAGAACAAUUUUUAUCUAAAAUACUUAAUCUAUAUCAUUUCGAACUUAUUGCACAAGGUUAUCUGAAUCUUAUUGAUGACCAAAAAUGGGAAUUACUUGUUUCACAUUUGACUAUAUUCAACUUUCGAUUGCAUCUUCCAUGUUCAUUACCAGAUUUUUCCAAAGAAAAUAUUCUUGAUUCAUUUUGCUCAAGCCAAACCGAAACAACUUUGGAUACUAUAAAUGGUAAUGAUCGCAUUGAAUCAACAUUAUCACAAGGAACAAAUGUUACUAGAAAAAAAUCAAAACCUGAUGAUCAAUCAUCAAAAAAAGGAAAUAAAUCAUCGAAAAAAUCUAAUAUAACAGUGAUCGAUGAUAAUGAUGGUGAUAUUUAUCGAAUUGUUGAAGUAACACGUGGUGAUGAAUUACUAGAAGGUGCUACAGAAAGUGGAAAUGAAGACAAUGAUCAUGAUGUAAUUGUUGGAAAAAAUAAAAAAUAUGAUCCACACCGAGCACUUAAUAUUGACUUAAAUGAAAAACCUAUUCAAUCGAUUCCUACAUCACCACCACUGUUGACAUCUCAAUUAAAAGAACCAGUUCCUAAACAAGUUGAAACACCUCCUAUAUUAACUGGAAAGCCAAAAAAAUCUAAGAAAAAUAAAAUAAUUGAAAAACAAGAACAAUCAUCAACAUUGAAAUCUAAACACAAACGAGAACGUAGUGAUUAUAAAGAAUUAUUAUCACCAGCUGAUGAGGAAGAAAAUUGUCCAACUUCAACACCUUCUCCUUCUGCUAUUGCAAAGAAACCAAAGAAAAAAAAUCAUCAUCCAUCAAUAGCUCAACUUUAUGUAACAUUUCUUGUAAAAAAUCGAACAUCAUUUAUUAUUGAUCAUAUUAAUAUUCAUUGUAUUGAUAGUAUGAGUUCGAAAUUAUUAAAUACAACAAGUGCAAAUUUAAUAUCAUUUCCAUCUAUAAAUCUUUUUUUUCAUUCACAAAAUUAUAUUCAUAUUUGUUUUUCAAUAAAUGCUAUAUCAUGUUCUCAAAAAUUAAAAACAACAUUAACUUAUUCUAUAAAUAAAUCAAAUAUAAUUGAAACAGAUAGAAUUGAAUUUAAACUUAAUUUACCUUGUUCACAAUAUUUACGACGAAAGACUAUUGAUUCUAUUGCAUUUGCUGAUUUGAUGAGUUCGGGUGUAUUGAUAUGUCAAUCACAACUUCGUAUUUCAUCAUCUAAUCAAGAUUUUCUAUUGAUAAUUAAUACAAUUUGUCAAUCUUAUCGAUUAACUGUUGUCGAAAAAAUUAAUUCGGCUGCAUCUUUAUAUGCUGAAACAAUUCUUGAACAACCAAUAGCUUUCUUAUUUAAAUCAAUAUUCUAA